AUGUCCUUUACUAGACGCCAAGCUACUUUUCUAUUUGAUUAUUCUCUUAACAACCAUUCCAUAACACGAGUUUCUGUAAAGAAAGAUUUGGGUAUCCUUCUAACUUCCGACUUAGACUAUCACUCCCACAUUGAGCACGUCACCUAUAAAUCUUUAAAGACUUUAGGUUUUAUAAAACGUUUCUCUUCUAAUUUCAAUCUAACCUAUUCUCUCAAAAAUUUAUACUGUUUGCUUGUAAGGCCGAUAAUAGAAUAUGGUUCCAUUCUUUGGGAUCCUUAUACAACCUCAGACUCUUCCCUACUUGAGCAUGUUCAGCGUAAAUUCCUUAAUUUUGCUUCCUUUGCUUUUAAUAUCCAUCAUGAACCUCAUGAUUAUUCCCCAGUCUUGCUCCACUUACAACUCAGUAGUCUUUCCGAUAGAAGAGUCUUAGCCAACAUUAACUUCCUUAAUAAAUUUACGAAUGAUACCAUAAAUGCUCCCGAGCUUCUCGCUGAGGUAAACUUUCGUGUUCCAAGUAAAUCUUCCAGGCUAAUGGCCCCCUACUACGUUCCUCGUCACACCACUAACUAUGGCCGAAACCACCCUAUCCACCGAAUGAUGCGUUUAACAAAUGAGAACUUCUCUAGUCAUUAA